AAGAAAUUGAAUGAAACAACCGGUGAUAUCCAUGGUUAGUACCCGCGGGGACGCUGUUGUCCUGCUAAUGCGAGAUGCCCCACAUUUACUAUAAAAUGGGACAUUUUGGCCUCUCCCUCCUCCGCUCCACCAGGACAUGCUGUCUCCACCGAAGGGUCUUCACAUGUUCCCACCCCUUCUACCAAAGUACCAUCCCAGUCCACAGCUGCCAGCAUAGCAGGCGUGUGAGCACAGAUCUCUGCCAGCACAUACAGGACUUAAGUGGCCCCGAGCAGAGACUUGUGAAUAAACUAUAUGAAGGACUGAUUGGAGGACAGAGGGCAUCUCUGGCCGAGUCCAUCACCCUGGUGGAGACGCAGCAUCCCAGGAAGAAAGAGCUGGCACAGGUGCUGCUGCAGAAGGUGUUGGCCUUCAGGGCGGAGCAGGAGAGAUGUAACGGAGGGAAGCCUGUGGCCUUUAGAGUAGGGCUCUCUGGUCCUCCUGGCGCAGGGAAGUCAUCCUUCAUCGAGGUGGUGGGGAAGAUGUUGACUGGAAGUGGACAUAAAGUAUCAGUGCUGGCUGUGGACCCGUCGUCCUGCACUACAGGAGGGUCUCUGAUGGGUGAUAAGACUCGUAUGACUGAACUCUCCAGAGACUUGAAUGCUUUCAUCCGACCGUCUCCGACCUCUGGAACACUGGGCGGAGUCACAAGAACAACCAAUGAGGCCAUUGUACUGUGUGAGGGGGCAGGAUAUGACAUUGUCCUUGUAGAGACUGUAGGUGUUGGCCAGUCAGAGUUUGCAGUGGCCGACAUGGUUGAUAUGUUUGUAUUGCUGAUUCCACCAGCAGGGGGCGAUGAACUCCAGGGUAUCAAAAGAGGCAUCAUUGAGAGAGCCGACUUAGUGGUGGUGACAAAGUCGGAUGGAGACCUGGUGGUGCCGGCCCGGAGGAUCCAGGCUGAGUAUACCAGUGCGCUCAAACUGCUCAGGAGACAGUCCAAGUCCUGGAAUCCCAAGGUGGUGCGCGCCUCCUCUCACACUGAUGAGGGCAUCUCAGAGGUCUGGGCCAAGGUGGAGUUAUACCGGGACUUCAUGCUAGCCAGUGGAGAGUUGCAGGGCCGAAGAAAAGCCCAGCAGAAGGUUUGGAUGUGGAGUCUGAUCCAGGACAAUCUCCUCUGCCAUUUCCAAAAUCAUCCCAGUGUCAGAGACGCUCUUCCCCACCUGGAGGAGAGGGUCACCAAAGGGGCCAUCUCUCCAGGUCUAGCUGCUGACCUGCUUCUGAAAAGCUUCUCAUCAUCAUCUUCAUAGUAAACUGCAGGACUGGAUGGAUGUGUCAUGGUUCAUCAAGGCAAAAAAAAAAAACAGAAUAAGAUUAGGUGACCUUGAUCCUGUGGUUUUCACAAAAAAAAAGAAGCAGCUUUGCUCUUUUUAAUCUCAAUUUUAAAUUCAUAAUACCUGAGGCAGAAGUCAGCCCAGACAGACUGUUUCAACUCACUUUAAUCCAAAAUCAGGAGAGGCCUGGCUGAGCAUACACUUCUUAUGUCUCACCUUCGUCUUGAAGACAUUAACAUUUGGAGAGUGGAAGGACAAUUCCAUUAGUGAGGAAAAGAUGCCUCGGAGAUCUUUGCUGCCGUCAUCUUUUUUUUUCCCUAAUGUAAAGAAGUAACUCUGAAUUGCUUCUUGGACAAGAGCUCUAGCCUUCAUGAGCGUUUUAAUCAAAUGUGCAGGGGAUUGAUGCAGUCAUGUUGUUGUACUUGAAAAAAUUGAAAUAAAUGUUUGACUGUUAA